GGCCGCCAGAUCCAUUUGCUCGUCCGCUCGCUGACCUCCCGUAUGGGUGCUGGGUGAGUCUCUCCCGGGCAGAAAGAGAGUGGGGAAGGAGAUGCGCGAUGCCCAAGACGACAGACACGGCAUGUCAAGCUUGUUCCAUGGCUGUCAGCGCCCAUCCAUCGCCCAUCAUCCUCAGCUUCCGCGGCUCGUCCGCGACGCAAUCUGUAUGGGAUCCAAGCAAUGCGCAUCGAAGAUUUGGCUUCGCACGCGCAGCGCGGCGGUGCUGCACUGCGGUGACGUGAUUGUGGCCUCGACCGCCCCGACCGCGACCCUGACCCCGCCCCCCGCUCACUGCGAGCGAACGAACGCCAAUGACGCCAGUGAGGCAGGUUGAUAUGCCAUGCGGCAAUCAAUCCAUUACAUCACAGCCUCCUCCUGCCACUGUCCGUCGUCGGUCGCCCUUCACCCUUCACCUCGCGUCUUCCCCAUCUCCACUUGCAUCGCCAUCUGCCUACGAUCCCUGCCGCAAUGUCCACGUCAACGGUCCUCAUCGUCGGCGCCACCCGCGGCCUCGGCGCCAGCCUCGUCCGCCAGUACGUCGCCCGUGCCGGCGCCACCGUCUUCGCCACCACGCGGUCCAACAUCAUCCCCAGCGGCUUCCCCGUCCCCGUCAAGUGGCUUCCGGGCAUCGACCUCAUGAGCCGCGACGCUGGCGACACGCUCGUCAAGCUCCUCAAGGACCCGCACGCCUCGCCGCCGCUCUCCACCGUGAUCAUCACGGCCGGCCACUUCACCACCGAGGACCUCACAGCCGAAAAGGGCCCCAGCUGGGACGAGGAGCAGCGCAUGUACACCACCAGUUCCAUUGCCCCCGUCUUCCUCGUCCACCGCCUCGUCCGCGCCGGCCUGCUCGCCAGCGGUUCCCGCGUCGUCCUCGUUUCCUCCGAGGCCGGCAGCAUCGCCCUACGCCACGAUAAGGAGGGCGGCGGCAACUACGCCCAUCACGCGAGCAAGGCCGCUCUCAACAUGGUCGGCAAGCUGCUCAGCCUCGACCUCAAGGACAAGGGCGUCGUCGUGAGCAUCGUGCACCCAGGCUUUAUGCGUACCGAGAUGACGGCCGGCGUCGGUUUCGACAAGUUUUGGGAUCAAGGCGGAGCCGUCACGCCGGACGAGGCCGCCAAGAGCCUGGUCGAGUGGACCGACGGACUCGACAUGUCCAAGUCGGGCGAGUACUGGGCACCCCGAGGCCCGCGCGAUAUUGGAACGGCCGAAGUGGUUCUCGGCAAGGAUUUGUCGACGCCGCUACAUCUCCCGUGGUGAUUACACCGCGCCCAUUGUAUCGAGUAGCGACGAGGCUCGUAUCAAGCAGAUGCCAGCCUCGCCGUUGACUCAGUAAGCGGCGCAUGGGGAAGUUAAGGGACGGGCACCGUCGGCCACCUCGGCUCAUUGGCGCCCUGCCGGUCCACUAUAGCAACGUUCCCGCUCCUGGCUCAUCAAGGCCAGUGAACUGGCACUCGACGUAAUCAAUAGAUGGCCGGGGCAAGGGGUUUGGGCCCCGUAUCUGGAGCAGGACCCUGGCUGACAUAGCUCGACUGUGGAUUGUGUGUAAUGAGCCGUGAAGAGAGCUAUCCGCCUUGGGGAUUAGUCCAUUUCGCCGACAUCACGGAAAGCCUUGAGAUCAUGAUAGGGAAGCUCGUGCUCUCGUCGCCGAAAGGCAAGCGCCGAUCCUGUAGAUUGUAGCUUCGCCCGUUUGUAUACAAACCUAGCUCC